GAUGAUUGAUUCCAGGUCAAUUUACGAACAAUGGACAAUAGGCUGGACCCCCGUUUACAUGGUGGUGGGGGUGCAUUGAGGGGCCAAGCAAGCAGGCAACUUGAAGGGAACUAAAGGCGAUAACGAACCAUUGAAACGGCCCAAGAAAGGAACGAGAAGCGCACCCGCCGGAAUGGAACCCCGGCCAUACAAACACGCUUUCCCCGGCUGCUGCUUUCGCCCAUCUCGGGUUUUCUUCUCUUCUCAUCAUCGAAAGCACUCUUCUGUAUGUCUGUAUGUAUGUACAUCUAGCAAGGUAUACUUGCUUCUGUCUCUCACAACAACGCCCCUUUUCCCCAUCCAUGUAGAUUGCAGUUUUGUUCUUUUGUUGCAGUUGCUGAUCCGGUGUUUCCCAUCUGGUCUGCCUCCCUCUCGGCCUUCCCCUUCUCUCUCUGUUCCUCUCGCUCUCUCACUCUCUCGCUUUUCUCUCUCCCUUCCCUCUUUCUUCCUUCUUCCCUUUCCUCUUCCCCCCAUCCAUUCAUCGCCAUCCACUUUUCCACUCCUCCACCAUCCACUCUCCAUCUCCACCACCUUCUUUCAACCCUUCUUCAUCUCCAUUCAUUCGUCGUUCAAUUCCCUUGUUAUCUAAUUUUAUUGUUCUGAGUACAAGGGUUAGAUCUCCCUCACCACCAACCGCCAACCACCACCCUCACCCUCACCACCCAAAGGACGUCAGUCCAUCAGUCC